AUCUUAUAACCGCAAGUCGUACAUGUAAUACUCAAAAUGAUAACACAUUUCAAAUAGAAAACACCGCAAACAUCGCAUGACAAGCAGCAUUUACACGAGCAUUUACAAGUGAAAUUAAAAGAGGUCAACAUAUUGUUUUCACUCAAGUGAAAUUUCUUAUCUAAAAACCACAAACAAACAGAAGUACAAUGUUACCCACAAAGAAACUACUGCCUUCAAUAAAUCUGCUGCUAAAUCAAGCUAGACAUGCAUCAACCAAGCCCAAAACAGGUAUUAUAAUGCUCAAUAUGGGUGGGCCUCAGAAAGUUGAUCAAGUCCAUGACUACCUGCUUAGAAUCAUGACAGACAGAGAUAUGAUACAGUUCCCUAUGAUGCAGGACCACUUGGGUCCAUGGAUUGCAAAGCGUCGCACGCCGGAAGUAAUGAAAAAAUACGAGGAAAUCGGCGGUGGAUCACCGAUUUACAAAUGGACACAAACCCAAGGGGAACUUUUGUGCAAACAACUGGAUGCACAAUGCCCAGAAUCAGCACCACACAAGCACUACGUCGGUUUUCGUUACGUAGAACCCUUCACAGAGGAUGCCAUGCAGGAGAUGGAGCGUGAUGGAGUCAAACGCGCUGUUAUAUUCUCGCAAUAUCCGCAAUUUAGCUGCGCGACAAGCGGAUCCAGCUUCAACGCCAUUUAUAAAUUCUACAAGAAGCGUGACUUGCCUAAAGACUUAAAACUUAGCGUGAUUGAUCGUUGGGCGACGCAUCCACUGCUGGUAAAAACAUUUGCGGAUUUAAUUAGGAAAGAACUCGACAAACUUCCUGCAGAUUUGAAGCAGGACGCUAUUAUUUUAUUCUCCGCGCAUUCGUUGCCUUUGAAAGCUGUAAAUCGCGGUGAUUCGUACCCUUCUGAAGUAGGCGCGACUGUAAAUCUAGUUAUGCAUGAAUUGGGUUAUUGUAAUCCGUAUCAGUUGGUCUGGCAAUCAAAGGUUGGGCCAUUACCAUGGCUAGGACCAUUUACUGAUGAUGCUAUCAAAGGAUAUGUGAAGCAAGGAAAGAAAACGUUCCUUUUGGUGCCAAUUGCGUUUGUAAAUGAACAUAUUGAGACGUUGCAUGAAAUGGACAUUGAGUAUUGUAAGGAAUUGGGUGAGGAAUUAGGCGUGAAGGAUAUUUACAGAGUACCGGCACCGAAUGAUCAUCCGUUGUUUAUUGAUGCGCUGACUGAUUUGGUUAAACAACACUUGACGAGCGGUGUUGGCGUUGGGAACAAGUUUUUGAACCGUUGUCCGCAUUGUGUGAACGCGAAUUGUUUAGCGAGCAAGAAAUGGUAUUCGGAGGUUUGUUUAAAUUCGAUCAAAGCGAUUUAGGUGUAAAUUAUGAGGAAGAAUAUUUUUAAUGUGGUGGUUAUUGGAAUUUGUUACAUUUUGGUAUAUAAUUGGCUGUAAACACAAAAGAAAUUAAUAUUUUAAUUUGAUUCUUU